GUCGUCGUCGUCGUGUAACUCGGUAUCGCAUCCGGUAACCGCAGCUCACAUAUCUUCCAGGAAUGGUGCGCACAGCAAACAAGACCGUGAGGUUCGGAUCCUCACCGCAGUCGCUCGAGCGCAAUUCGCUCAAGCGCCAGAAACAGCUCCGCAGCCACAUCGGUAUUCCAAUCGACCCCGUGGAGAAAUUCAAAGUGUACGUCGAACUCCGUCGGAGGUACCGCGAAGAGUUCAAUGCGGUCCUCUAUCAGCAGCUCAUGCGUGAGUUCACAUCGGUGCAUCGAUUUUUCCUCGAGUGUCUCCACGACUUCUUCAAUGGACACUACGCGAAGCUGCAGCAGGCAGAAGCGAAGAAGUAUCGUUAUCCAGACGUCGAGUACUUCGAUCACCUGAAGAUGUUGGAUCUCGGCUGCGGCCCCACCGCGUAUGCAAGCCUCAGUGGAUCGCAGUUCAUCCGGAACAUCGUGAUGGCAGAUUUCACCCAUGCAAACCUCAUCGAGUUGAACAAAUGGAGAAACGAUAUGGCUGACGCGUUCGAUAUCAGUUUCCUGGCGAAGGUUGUCGCUGCCCUCGAAAACAAAGGCAACAUGCUUGAUGGCGGGUACGAGAUUAUCCGUCGCACAAAGGAUGCCGUGAGCAAAACGUGCCGAUGUGACGUCACGGCCCCGUUCAUUCUGCAAGAGAGUCAGAACGACGCGAGAUUCGAUGUGGUAGUGUCUUCGACUUGUUUGGAAGCCGCCUGUCUCGAUGUGCCCACGUAUGAAAACGCCGUUUGGAAGAUCGCACAGCAAAUGCUCAAACCCGGAGCUUUCUUCAUCCAGUGCGGUCUGACUGGAACCACUGGCUACACAAUCGGUCAGACGACGUUCGACUGCUUGCCUCUUAGCGAUGACAUCGUCACGAAGGCUAUCGACAACGCUGGCCUCAAAACUAUAUCCUUCCAUCACCUGAGAAACCAGAGCCACCUCUACGGAGAUCGAUUCGAGUCGGCGUUCGUCAUCGUAGCGCAGAGAGUGCUCCCGAUUCCGACGUAGAACGUCUUGGAUCCUACCGGGAUUGCAUCUGUCGAGACCGCAAAUAUAGGGGAGGUCCCGGACGGAGGUUGUAGGUAAUUGCUCUUUCGAUAAUAAUCGACGAAAACUGUCAGAUUGUUAAAGAGGAGCGUCGAUGGAUGCUAUACAUAUAAGUUUACAGCCAGUGCAACGCUGGUGCUGUUUUGACGUAACGCGAGAGAAGCUGAUGAAUGAACUGUCGGUGUUUUUCUACACGAAACUACAUGUCUCAUAAUCGCGAAUGUUUGCUGUUUCCCCGGAGCCACUGUAACUCACAAAGUAAUUCCGAUGUAAAUAGACUCGCAACGCGAUCGGUCGCGCGCUUGUGUUCAAAGGGCUCCGAGUGUACCUUUGAGCGGUCAGAUUUGUACAAUGAAGCUCAUGUGUCCCAUACUUCGACAUCAAAUCAUGAAUAAAAAACGUAACUCAU